AUGUCUCUCGUCAACCUCGCCCACGUCUGCUCGCACCUGAAUAAUGCCUGCAAGGCCCGUCUCGGCCUCACCUCCAUCCCCAACUCCAAGCUCCACCUGAAACUCGCCCUCGCGCUCCAAAACGAUGGCUACCUCUCCUCCGUCGUCCGCGGAGGCCCGACUCCUCCCCCUGUACACCCUAUCCUCGGCAACCCGAACCCAAUCGAUGAGGUCGAAGGCAUCGAGCCCGUGACUCAAAGUAAUGUCGCUACCCGACGACUCUGGCUUGGUCUGAAGUACUGGCAGAGCGAGCCCGUGCUGGGCAAGUUGAGCAUGGUUAGCAAGCCGACACGACGAGUGACGAUCGAUGUGGCUGGUCUGCGUCGGGUGAUUCGCGGUGAGCGGGAUAACACUGUUGAGGGUAUUCGCUCGCCUGGUGAGAGCUUGUAUAUCUCUACGGACCGGGGUAUCUUGGAAGCUAGGGAAUGUGUGGAGAAGAAGCUGGGAGGGUUGGUCUUGUGCCGUAUUCGCUAA